GGGUAAACCCUGAAACUGUUUCCGAUAUUCGCACGAACACAAUGGCUUGGCGUUGCGGAUCCCUACCAAGGUCGCUAAUCUCAACCGCAAGAUCGUCAACUAUCCGUCGUUCCACCACCACUUCCCUCCCUCGUCUACGUCCUUCGCCACCACCAUUUCACGGUCACCGCCUCCGUCCCGACCGCACAGCUUCCAUCCCUAAUUUCGGGAAUAUUGGAGGAGUAAUUGGGUGCACCCAAUCGCUGUUGCCGUUGCACAGUGUGGUGGCUGCUGCUCGCUUGACGUCUCACGUCGACGUGGAGUCGCGCACUUGUUGCGAGCUUUCUCAGGGUACCUGAUGUUGCUCUAUAUCCUCUGUUCAAGUAUUGCGUAACGUGAGAGUAAAAUUAUUCUUGUGCAACUUCUCAUCAGAAGUGACACCGGCAUGAGGUUCCUUUUGCUUCAGAUGUUAUAGACCGCGAGCCUAUAAGUUUUCCUAGAAUUUUAGAUAUUUUUGUACUAAAAGAACCUUGUAUCACUACUAUCUUAUACCUUCUAGGUUUGAUUCAUCAUUGAUUGCUCCUUGCAUUUGUUUGUAUUUCGUGUUUUUACGAAACAAUUGCAUCAGUAUGCAAUAGCCCAUACGAAUUGAUAAUGCGUUUUGUUAUUUGGUCUCAUGAUCAACUUCUUUAGAAUGGUUAUAUUGCAUUCUUAUUUAAUGCAAGUGAUUUGAACUAUCC